UCUAGUGUAUUGAAUCCGAGUGUACCAUUUUCAAAUUACAACAAAAAAUGGAGGGAAUCCAUAUGCGACUCUUUCGUAACAAGUAACAACAACAACUGUCACUUCCACUUCAAUUCAAUGGCAGAAGCCGUAAGCCCUAAUCCAACAACGCUUAACAAAAAGAGGCUUCCCAUAUCCUCCACCAAUUUCUUCGUCGCCUCCAAUGACGACCGACUUGAACGCGCCGCAGCACGUGCAGCACGUGCCGCCUCCAUCCUCCGCACGUCCCGUCCCGUUAACUUCAACUCUCAACCCUCCGAUCCCGUUCCAUGUCUCAACAAGCACCAGAUUCUCGACUUAUUCCACAAUUGCAUUAAGCUUGCAUCCGAAAAUAAAAUUAAUCAGAAAAAUACAUGGGAAUUGGAUUUGAUUGAUCACCUUAAUGAUAUUAUUAGGGUUGAAGACGAUAAUAAUGCCGAAACUGAUUUUCAAAUGGCAAGCUGCACUCUUGAAGCUGGAGUCAAAAUUUAUUCAUUAAGGGUGGAUUCGGUGUAUUCUGAGGCAUAUAAAGUCCUUUCUAGAAUGAAUAGGGCAGGCGAAGAAACUCAGCAAGACACUACUCUAGAGAGUGUUAAUGCUGAAGGUGGACGAGAAGAAAGCAAGAAGGGAAUCACCAAAAAGUUAUCACCUUUGUCAACAUUGGAAUCAUCUUUUGAGGUUCUUAAUGUAAAGAAGUUUGAUGGUGAUCUCAAGUCUCAUUCUGUUUGUUACUUGUAUAUGGUGUGGGAUCGAGAUACGCAGAGUGCUGACCACGUGUUCAUUUUUUCAGUUGCGUUUGCUGUGGAUCCCCUCUAUCGCCAAACAUCAGCAAAAUUUGAUGAAGGGGGAGCCAAAGGUCUUUUGAUGAAUAGCCUCGGUGUAUAUGGUGGAUGUAGGGUGCUCUUUGAUUCACUAGAAGUGCCAGGGAAGUAUGUAGCAGGUCAACAUGAACAUGAUAUUUCAGAUAUAAUUGAUCUUUCUUUUGCUAGAGAUUGUGUGGAACAGAUGGUAUUGGAUAUGCAUAUUAAGGAUGAAAUCUCUCCAACUCUCCGUUUGAUAGUAAAUCAAUUUGACGAAAAUAGUAGAAGACCCUCUGAUUUUCAAUUAUAUGGCCAGAAAUCAGCGGAAGAGUUUGAUGGAGCUAUUGAUUGUGAAGUUAGGACUGAAAUAGAAGAUGAGAACUUCUCGACUUGGCCCUGUGACCAUGACAGCCAUACUUCACUGGGCUCUAAUGAUGCUGACCCAAAAUUUUCAAGUUACCCUCAGGAGAAAGAACCUUUUCCUUCCCAAGACCCUGAUAUGGAUGAAAUAUUUGGAAAUGUUGAUGAGCAUCUAUUUUUUAGUCUGGGUUUUAGGUCAAAGAAAAAUGCAUGGGCAGGUCCUGAUUAUUGGAAGUACCGAAAAGCUAAAGGCACAGAGUCAGAAGUUCUCUGUUCUUCUGAAGAUGGGUCAACCCUCACAACUAGGAAGCCAAGGACGAUGAGACAGAUCGAGGUUGAUUUAAAUUUCACAAAUUCUCUUGAGAAAACACUUCCAGACAUCUUUUGUCCUCCCAAGAAUCACAAAUCAUUAUUACUCCCUGAAAAUAGACCCCAUUGUGUUACAAAACUCCCAGAAGACUGCCACUAUGAGCCAGAGGAUCUUUUGAAUUUGUUUCUUUUGCCUAAAGUAAAGUGUCUUGGGAGGAGGUCGAUAAAAUUAUCAGAUGGACCGACAGAGCAAUGUAAUAACGAUGAACCUUUCCCUUCCUGGGGUAAUGGAAGUGUUUGUGAUGGUGACUAUGAUGGUGCACAUAGUGACAUGGAUGACUCAAGCACACUUAUUUCUCAGCCUCGUCAGCAGAUCAACAAAAUUGAAGUUCAAUACGACAAAACGUCCAAACAAGUUGAUGUUCAGGCACUGAAACUCUCUCUUUGGAACUCUAUUCAAGAAAUUCAAGCAUCCGUCGAACUUCCUUUUCAGGGUGACAAAGAAAUGGUAUCUUUCAAGCACAUAUUGGCCAACUUUCCUAGCGAAUGCAAUGCUGCUGCAACUGUUACUGACAUAUCUCCACAUUUGUGUUUCAUAUGCCUAUUGCAUUUGGCUAAUGAGAAAGGGUUGAGCAUCCAAAGCUACCCCGACUUAGACGAUCUUUGCAUAUAUAUGCCUACUUGAUGUUGGUUGUUUAGACACUGCUUCAUUUCCGACUUUCAGUUAAAUAGUGAACAUUUUGGUAAGUUUCUAUGUGCAGUUCUUUUGCUUGAUUUCUGUGCCGAAAUUCCACCUGACUUUUGUUUACAGGCAAAGAUCUCAUUAGUGAACUUUAAAGCAUUUUUUGGAAAAUAGAUAAAUAGAAGAUUGUGGAUAGCGGGUGUCAGGAUGUAAAUCAUCGACAAAAUAUAUUGAAAUGAAUAUUAGUCCAUGGACCAUGGCCCGUGGGUUUCAGUUGUAGAGUACAGUGACUUGUUUUUUGAACUGAUAUGGCGUACGUUGAGAGACA